GUAAGGCAGGUAAUCGUAGAAGACUCAACAAAGUUAACAGAACACUAUUAUAUUCUUUGUAAGCUUCAAGUCACUCCUGAACAGAAAAAAAAAAAAAUAAAAAAUAAAAUAAAAAAAAAAAAUAAGCAAGCAGCUUCACCUGUAAAGGCCAUCAAAAAGGAAAGGUGGAGGUGACGGUGCAUGGCGGAGGUAUAAAGCCUCGCUGGGUGAAGGAAGCGGCAGUCCAUCUCACGGCGUGACCACAUCUGCCGACAUGUUCUCUGCGGUGCUGAAGGUGUGUCUGCUGGCAGCCGCCGCCCUGGCUCUGCCCGGCGGCUUUGGGGGCGGCUUUGGCGGUGGCUUUGGCGGCGGAUACGGCGGCGGCGGCGGCGGCGGCGGCGGCGGUGGUCAUGGUGGUGGCAGCGGCGGCGGUUUUGGUGGUGGAUAUGGAGGUGGCAGCGGUGGUGGCGGCGGCGGCGGUUAUGGCGGCGGCUAUGGAGUCGGUAUUGCAGUACCCAUCCCUUACAACUUCGACUACGGCGUCUCAGCGGGCAACACCAACUUCGGCCACAGCGAGAGCGGUGACGGUCGCGGCAACGCCCACGGCGGCUACUGGGUUAACCUGCCCGACGGUCGCGUACAGAAAGUUGACUACUGGGCUGACGGCAGCGGCUACCACCCGGUGGUGACCUACCAGGGCACCGCCGUCUUCCCCGCCGGCAAGGGCCGCUACGGAUACCACUGAGAGGGCCGUGAGCCGCGGGACUGACAGGGAGCCGCUGUAUCUUGAUUUACUUAUCCUUGUAUUAAGAAUUUGUUGAAUAAAUGGCUGCAGGCGAA